UCCUGAAAACAGUCACUGGACAACCGUUCGAUCGCCAGAUCCGACGGUGGAUCACCGGUUUGACAGCGUCACCCUUCCACAUAAAUCCAUCCCAACGCGUCGUGCGAUUUCCAUUUUCGUUUUAUCAAAAUCGAACGACUCGUAGAUCGUCGUAGCCAGGGAUUUGAAUUCAAUUCCUCGAGCAAAUUCGUUUAUCCGAUCUAGGGUUUCUUUCGCUUCUAUUAGUUGAUAUCUGAUUCUGAUUCAAAGCCUCGAUCGAUCAUCUCGAGUUCGUCUUCUCCAAAGACUUAAAUGGCUUCCAGUUCUCGUAGAGGCGGCGACUUCUACGGUGCGGCUCCGUAUAGAUCGAGAGAAGGGCUUAGCACGAGACAAGUUGCUAGCUCCGAUGAAAUCCAAUUGCGGAUUGAUCCCAUGCACGGGGACUUGGACGAUGAAAUUACCGGUCUCCACAAGCAAGUUAAACUACUAAGAAAUGUAGCUCAAGAGAUAGAAUCGGAAGCUAAGUUUCAGAAUGACUUUCUCAAUCAGCUGCAAAUGACAUUGAUAAAGGCUCAAGCUGGGGUGAAGAACAACAUGAGGCGGUUGAACAAGAGCAUAAUCCAGCAGGGGUCAAAUCAUGUUAUCCAUGUGGUUCUUUUUGCACUUCUCUGCUUUACAAUUGUCUACUUCUGGUCCAAAUUUUCAAGAAGAUGAAGUUUGCAAUCUGCCUAAGCAUUUGGCACGACAAGAAUCUUCUCCUGUGAAGGUUAACAACAGGGUGUACGUAACUUUCUUAACAUCCGUCCUCUCUCUCUCUCUCUCUCUCUCUCUCUCUGUAGAGACAUACCCAAGGUUAUCCAUGAAAAUAUGGUUAUUGUUUUCUCAGAAUUUACUUCCCCUAAUAGACAAUACAAAUUCUUUCUCUGA